CAAUUGUUUUGCUUGUUCGUUCCAAUGAACGAACUAUAUUGGGAUUCUAGUCACUGAACAAACUAAAAUACGAAUCGAAUGAACUGAACGAGCUACCAUAGGACUCGAUUCAACUGAACUAAAUGAGCUACAAAACAGGGAUUUAGUUCGUCGUUCACUUUAGGGAUUAGUUCAAUAGAUCUUAGUCCGAGCGAUUCGAUACAACUUAGCGGAUAGCACACUGUUCUUUUUCUGCGAAAAAAUAUAUUUUAAUUGGAGAAUUAAGCGGCAAUACAGGAAAAAUAUUCGGUUAACGAAUACAACUCAAUAUUUGUAACGCGCCAAGACUUUUCAAGCAAUCAAAAGCAGCAAUUGAACAGACAAACGAGCGAAAUAAACGAAGGAAGUGGAAUAAAGUGCGCUAAAAAAAGUGAAAUCAAGUGCUAAAAAGUCAAUUUUCUAUAAUCAAAAAGUGUAUUUAAAACCCAACAGUGCAAUUACUUUAUGUGACGAAUUGUUAAAUUAUAAAAAAUGGGAACGAAAGUGCAACAAAACGACGACGCUGCCGCCGCCAACGCCGUCGCAGCGCCAGCGGCAGAAGCGGCCGCCACCCACAGCAACGCCAACGCCACAACAACAACUACAACAACAACAACAACAGCAGCAGAAGCAGAGACAACUGAAAAAGCAACAACACCAACGCAAGAAACGGAGCUACAGUCGAAUACGCUGCUGCCCACACAUACCACAAGCAUAGUUACAUCCACGUCCAUUGCUCCAGCACCGACGCCAGCGCCGCAAGUGCUAAUCAUUCCUGCCGCCCAGGCUUCCACCAUGGCCACAAAUGCCGCCAAAAAGAUACGUCGCGCCUUCUCAAUGCCACGCAAUCCGUUUCGCUGGUCGCGCAAAUUCAAGACGGUCGCUGCAGCAAACGGCACAGCGUCUGGCAGCGACGUCGGCAACGGCGGCAGCGGCAGCAGCACGGCCAUUUCGUCCUGUGUGAGCGGCGGUCGUGGCCGCAGUGGCAGCAUUGUAUCGUUGAACAGCUACAAAGCGGCGUCUGACGCACCCAUGUGCCGGGACAAGGACACAAUUGGCCAUAACAGGGCGGCAACAAUCGCAGUCACCACCAUCAACAGCAGCAGCAAAUACAACAACAACAACAAUCGUACGACCGGCCAAAAUGCACGUGUGAUGCGUCGUUCGUCCUUCAGGAAAUUUCUCAAUCGAAUCGCGCAGCAUUUGAGCGCAACGGUGAAUGUUGGCUCGCCAGAGAACAACGCCGCUAAUCGCACAACUUUCAUUGAAAUCGUGCCAUUCUACACCGGAUGCUGGCGUCGAAAAGAGGCGAAUAAACAUGGCCAAACGGGCAUGGGCAAUGCCAAUGGAACGGAGCGUGUGCCACCCAUUGGGGGAUAUCAAUGGCCCGCCGAUCAGACGCCUGGCGUUAUGGGGCUCAAGAAUCAUGGCAACACCUGCUUCAUGAAUGCAGUGCUGCAAUGUCUUAGCCACACGGACAUACUGGCCGAAUACUUUGUUCUCGAUCAGUAUAAGGCGGAUCUGAAGCGGCGUAAUAAAAUCAACUCGCGCAAAUUCGGCACCAAAGGUGAACUAACUGAGCAGCUGGCCAAUGUCCUCAAGGCGUUGUGGACCUGUCGCAAUGAGAGCGAUCAUAGCACCAGCUUCAAGGCGGUCGUCGAUCGAUAUGGCACACAAUUCCGCAGUUCAACGCAGCACGAUGCGCAGGAAUUUCUCUUUUGGCUAUUAGACAAGGUGCACGAGGAUCUGAACACGGCAAGCAAACGACGCUACAAGAGCAUUAAGAACUCCUAUGGACGCUCCGACGAGAUUAUUGCCGCCGAGACGCUGGCGAAUCACAUACGCUGCAAUAAUAGCUUUGUUCAGGCCGUGUUCCAGGCGCAAUUCCGCUCGUCGUUGACCUGCCCACGCUGCCAGAAGCAGUCAAAUACCUUCGAUCCGUUCCACUGCAUUUCGGUGCAACUGCCACAGCUCACCCAGUUGACCAUCUUUGUGACUGUGGUGUACAUGAAGCAGCAGCCACGCCAGGUGAAGAUGGGCCUGCGUGUGCCAGCCGGCUCGCCAAUUGUAGCGCUGCGAGAGCAGCUCCAGGAAACGGGCAUUGCUGCCUCUCGCAUGGUGCUUGUGGAUUUGAAUGCUGAGGGAUUCACGCGCGUCUUCUACGACACUCAACCCGUGGAGACGCUGAGCAGCAAUGAGAACAUCUACUGCAUUGAAGUGCCGGAGGUCAGUCCAACGCCAAAGGCUUCUCUCGAUGCAGCGCCAGCGGAUGCCGCUGAGAAACCUAUGGCUACGGCUGCAGCGACGCACUCUACGGAUCUACUAUUACUUGUGGCCAAUGUACAUAGAAAACCUGCAGGCGAGGGAGAAUCGAAUGUAGUUUGCACGAGACUUGGAGCACCGUUUAGCAUGAAGGCGCCACGCGAUUGCAGCUACCAGGAUCUGCAGAAGCGUAUGCUGCGAGAGAUGUCGACGCUGUUGAAGCCGGAGGUGUUCUCAUAUGCGACACCGCUGACGGACAUGUUUAAGAUCCGUUUACAGGAUCCAUCAGCCGAUCCGGAUACGUAUCUGGAGCAAGUGGAGCAUCCGCUUCUUACGGAAAUGAUUGACAUGGCCCUCUCUGUGCUCUCCUCGGAGGCGGGGCCGACACACAUUAAGCUGCUGCUGGAAUGGAGCGCACCAGAGACGCACUUUGUCAACGUGCAGUCGGACGCAGAUGCCGUCGUGGAGCACGAGAGCGUGGCGCGUCUGAGUGCCAGCAAACCCAACGAUACCGCAGCAUUAACGCUGGAACAAUGUCUGGAACAUUACACCAAGGCGGAGACGCUGAGUGCAGAGGACGCCUGGCGCUGUCCGCAUUGCCAGCAGUAUUUGCCCGUGGUCAAGACUCUCGGUCUGUGGUCGUUGCCGGACAUUUUGGUGGUGCACUUUAAGCGAUUCCGGCAACACCAAUCCAAGGGACCGCAGGCAGCCAAGCUGACCACCAUGGUCAAUUUUCCACUAACCGCAUUUGAUAUGUCGCCGCAUUUGGCACGAGGAGUGCGUGAGGGCAAUUCUUUGGGUCAUGCCAUGGAACAACAGGCGAAUAAAAAGUCGCGAUCCAACGAUUCACGCUCCUCCACACUCAAUUCACGCGCUGAGCCCAAGGAUACGCGCUAUGAUCUGUACGCCGUGUGCUAUCAUCAGGGUGACACGCUGGAGACUGGUCACUAUACGGCCGCCUGCAAGAAUCCCUAUGAUCGACAGUGGUACAAGUUUGACGAUCAGCGUGUAAGCAAGGUGCCCGAGGAUGAUAUCGAGCAGGAUAUUAUCAACAACGAGGCCUACAUGCUCUUCUAUCAGCGACGCAGUGCGGACGCAUCUGCAGAGUGCUCCGGCUCCAGUUCCAAUUCGGGAGAUCAUUGGGUUUCACGGAUUGCACCGCCAACAACAACAACGCCAGCCACCAGCAGCAAAGACAACGUUGCAACAGCCACGGAAACGCCUGAACCGGUGGCAGUAGUCGCCGAGAAGGCAACAUCCAAACCAGUGGCCAUUCCCAUACCCAAAGUUGCUUGUGAAAUUGAGGAUGAUGCUGCUGCUCAACCAGACACCAAAGUGAGUCCAGAGGAUUUACCACCUAAGGAGGUGCUAGACAUUGAAGAAUUGGCAUUCGCCGAUGCCGAUCAGGAAGCAGAACCGGUUGUUGUAACAGAGACUAACAUUGUUACACAAAUCGAGCCAAUUACGCCAUUGCCAAGGACUCCGACGCCGCCGCCGUCUGCGGCCAAGCCAGAAAGCGCUACAGAAGAUGCUGAUACGUCGCAAAUCUUUGCCAUGGAUGAGGAUUGCACUGAGAAAGAGUCCCAGGUGAUUGCCAGCGAAGCCGUUGCACCAUCCGCUGUUGCAGAGCCGAUUAAGGAGACUGUUACCACAGCUGAGGUCAAAACUAAUGGUCAUGCUGCCGCCAGUUCAGGCACGUCGUCAGCAUCCAGUUCAGCUUCGUCGGUUAGCUCACUUUCGUCGCGCUCCUCGCCACGCUCACUCAGCACUUCAGUGACGGCCGCAUCCACGCUGCAGAGCAAGUUCAAUGGCCACAUGAAUGCCGCCUCGGCUGCAGCUGCUCUGCUAAAUGGCAAUGCAACACAGCAGUUGUCUUCCAGCUUGCAGCUGUCGCGGCACGCGUUGCACAACCACUGCAACCACAAUUGGAACGGCUCACGAAGCAGCGUCUCUGCCGUGGAGAGCGUAACGCAGCAGCAACAACAGCAGGCAGCGGCAGCUAGCCUCAGUUUGAGGCACUCCUUUUCCACCAGCUCCAACUACAAGUUGCGCGAGUGCAGCGAGACAUUGUCAUCGCUCUUGCGCAACUCAGCCAACACUUGCAGCAAAGACACGCUGCUAUUCAUCGAUCAGCAGAAUCAUCACCACGCAUCAGGUCUAAUUGAAGAUGACGACGACACGUACAUGGGACGCUCCCUUUGGAUUUCUCCUGUGACGCCACACAAGCUAAUUACCGUAUCGCCCAAGAAUUAGUGGCAAUAACAAUUACGAUUAUCGAGUUGGAUUCAUGCGGGAUAUAUAUACAACCGUAAACAUACAAACGCACUAUAGUUAUAAGCCUAAAGUUUACUUUAUAUAUAUUGAGUACUUCUAUAUAACAAACGAUUAAUGCAGUUGCAUUUAAUUAUAAGCAAAUGAUGUUAUACAACAGCGCGAUAUACAUACACAUAUAUAUACACGUAUAUAUUAUACUUUUAGUUGAUUUAAGCUAGUUGCAAUAUUGCAUUAAGUUCAAAAGUUGGGAAGCUUUUUAAAUUUGAAUUAAGAUAAUUUAUUGAAAAUGGUGACGUUCAACUCAAUGAUGAAUGCAACAUUUUUUUAAACGAUUGACAUUGCAUUAUGUGUAUAAUUAUUUAUUUAGCGAACUAUGAAACAAGUACAAUAUGAUUUGAGUUAGAUUUCUUUUCAUGCAACACAAGAAAUGCAAUAAUUUUAGUUUUAUUAUUUUUGAUUUAUCGAAGAAGUGCAUGGCAUAUAAGUACACUUUAGUUUGUAUACGAAACCAAGUUUCAAUCAACGUAUAUACAUACUCUGUUAUGUAUAAAUAAAUAUAUAAAAACAUGUAUAUUUAACCAAUUCAAUUACUAUGUAUAAUUAUGUUUACGAUGAGAGUAUUUGUAUUUUAAUAUUUGCAACAUAUUUACUAACACACACACACACACACAAUAUGGCCCAACAUUUCUUGUUCAUGGUUGCACGAUUGAAUGAAUAUAUUAUAUGUUGGGGUAAUACAUUUUGUAUUUGUAUGUGUAGAAAAGCAUUAAACCAAACCAUUAUAUUGAUAACAAAUGUUUAAAGACUUUAAAACAUUGUUUUUGCAUAAUGUACACUUUAUUAUAUACAUCAUAUACGUAUACAUAUAUACACAUGAUUAAACUAUUGUAUGUUAAGAUCAAGUUUAUUAAUUGAUGAAGUGUGUAAUGUACAUUGUAUUCAUGAAUAAACGUGAAAUUGUUGGAUAUAAAA